GGUAGUGCUGAUCACUUCUGCAGACCCGUGCAAAUCAAUAGGACUAAAUAUAAAGAUAUAUUAAAAAGCCCAACUCUGUUCACCGCGACGAACUCAAGACGGCCAGAUAGUCGCGAUUCAGAGCGCGUCUUUAAAGAUUAUUAAUCAGGGACUUACUCAGAUCAAGAGCAACAUGAGUGAGCGCUUUGAUUGUGACAACUGCAAGGAGUCCCUAUAUGGCAGGAAGUACAUCCAGGCGCAGGACAAUCCUUACUGCAUCCCCUGUUAUGACAGCCUGUUUGCCAACACCUGUGAUGAGUGCAAGGAGCUGAUUGGCCACGAUUCAAGGGAGCUGUUUUACGAGGACCGUCACUACCACGAGCACUGCUUCCGCUGUUUCCGCUGUGACCGUUCAUUGGCAGAUGAGCCCUUUACCAGCCAGGAUGAUGCUCUUCUAUGCAAUGACUGCUACUGCAAUGAGUUCUCCUCCAAAUGUGUGGCCUGUGAUAAAACCGUCAUGCCUGGCACCAGGAAGCUAGAGUAUGCUGGCUCCACAUGGCAUGAGGGCUGUUUCAUUUGCAAAAGCUGUCAACAGCCAAUCGGCUCCAAGUCCUUUGUCCCAGAUAAAGAUGAACACUACUGCGUACCCUGUUAUGAGAACAAGUUUGCACCACGCUGUACUCAAUGCAAACAGGCCUUAGCAAAAGGUGGUGUGACCUAUAGGGAUGAGCCAUGGCAUAAAGAGUGCUUCGUCUGCACAAGCUGUAAAAUCCAGUUAGCUGGCCAACACUUCACUUCCCGUGACGACAGCCCAUACUGCAUCAAAUGCUUUGGCAACCUGUAUGCCAAGAAAUGUGAAACUUGUAACAAACCCAUCACAGGUUUUGGCGGAGGGAAGUACAUCUCAUUUGAGGACCGACAAUGGCACCAGCACUGCUUCACCUGCUCUAGAUGCUCUGUUUCCCUGGUGGGUGCCGGCUUCUUCCCCGAGAGAGACGAGAUCCUCUGUCGCAGCUGCAACAGCAAUCUAUAAAACAGAACUCCCAUAUACACACGUUUCUUUAUUAUUACAAAUACACAUGCUUGCAUAUACAUGCACACGUCUCUUAUUUCCUCUCUCACGAUACGCCCAUGCUGAGAGAAACAGCAAAUCACACAAAGCUCUCUAAGCCAAAAUAUUCAAACAUAGAAGGCUCCACAAGCACAAAUGCAAAACACUGGAGGAUUUACCCACUGUUUACCAAGUACAGUUUGUUUUGGCAGAACAGGCUAGCUGGUUUCCAGUUGGAUAAAUGAGACUUAGAUGCACCAAAGAUUGGUUUUGAGAUGUGAAAGCAAUGCAGCAAUGGGCCUUCGUAGUGCCUUCGACUCUUUUUUUUUUUUUUUUCAUUACACAAUCCAGAAUCAACACUCCAUAAAUUUGUAGGUUUCUAUGCAGAGAUAAAAAUAUCACUUUUAUUUCCUUGAGUCUGUCUACUAGUUUUCCCAUCUUUGCUAUUUUUCCUGGACAGCCAGAACAGUCAUUUGGAUGGUAAGAGCUAUUAAUGGGUUGAUGUAGUGUUUGCAGCCUGUAAAAGAUCCCUUUAUAAACACCAGAAGGUCAGAAGGUUUGAGGUUCUGUUAAAGUGGCUGAAAACCUAGUAGUGUUCCAACUUAUCUAUGCCAAGCAAAGUGUAAUAACAGGAGGGAAUGAAUUAUUGGUUUUGUUUGCCUGGGUACAUGUCAAUGAGUUACACUUUGAGAAGCAGCGACUCAAAGUCAAAGAUCUAAACAUUAACACAACAUGCAGUAUGUGUCAAUAAACCAGAUGUUGAACAAUGUAGUUAAUUGAGCUCUUUUCCACUGAGGAUUCGGCAGUGCUUGUUUUAGGGCGUUGUUUUCUUAGCAAAAUGUGUCCUUUGCAUCAAAAUAAAAUUCAAUGCACAUGCAUUCAAACUAAUGGAGUCUUCCACAAAUGCAUUGCAAUAACUGUCAGAGAGGUUCAAAGAUGUUUUUGAAAAUGAAGUUUGAUGUGCAUUUUGUAUACAGGUGGAAGACGGACUUGCAUUUGCACUAUGGCUUGAAUUAUCUGUAGAAGCACAAAAACUCCAAGAUAUAGCACGAAUACACUGUAUAUACAGUACACAACAUAUGUACUAUUCUUUGUUCAUGUUCUAUUCUUACAUUUUUUUAUAUAAUUAAUUGUCUGCAUUAUGGCAUCUACAGUCAUCAUUUCUUAUUUGUUUACAAACAUAUGUCUUCUCUGUGUUAAGAGUGAAUGAAAGAUCAAAAAAUGUAUUACAUUGGUGUCAUUGUAAAAGGAUAGUAUGCAUGUUGUCCGACUUUGUUCUUUUUAUUCCAGUCCAGCUUAGACAAUGAUCAUUGUUUAUUUUUUAUUGAUGGCAAUUUUACUAGUUUGACACUCAAAAUACUUCUAAAUGCAUAACUAUAUAUUUACUAUAAGCUUUGAAACAGGAGAUUUAACAGUUGGCUAAUGAUUCAAGC